GUCACUGAGGCGGGUAGCGGCGGCUGCUGCGGUGCUGGAACCACGAGCCGGGAGGGACUGAGCCUCUAUUUUGUUCUACUGAACUGCUGAGUACAAUCAACUGUUAUCCUGAAGCACUUUAAAUUCCCAGAUCUAAGCUGUGGAAAAUGGCCGGUGUUUUAAAUGGUGAACCAUCUCCUUCCACUCCAAUGGAGCUGUUCAAAAGCAUAACAGCACAAGGAGAAAUUGUCCGAUCAUUAAAAGCAGAAAAGGCUCCAAAGGAUGAAAUUGACUCCGCUGUAAAACAAUUAUUGUCACUAAAAAUAAACUACAAAGAAGUGACAGGGCAGGAAUAUAGUGCUGAUUCCCCUCCCACAAACUCCAGACCUGACAACAGAGGGGAACCCGGGACCACUGAAAGCGGAGAGGAUUUUGUAGAUCCUUGGACUGUGCAGACCAGCAGUGCCAAAGGCAUCGACUAUGACAAGCUUAUAGUUCGGUUCGGAAGCAACAAGAUUGAUAAGACACUGAUAGAUCGAAUUGAGAGAGUCAUAGGACAAAAAGCACAUCAUUUUUUGCGUAGGGGCAUCUUUUUCUCUCACAGGGACAUGAACAAUAUUCUUGAUGCAUAUGAAAAUAAGAAGCCAUUCUAUCUUUAUACAGGCAGAGGGCCUUCUUCUGAAGCAAUGCAUGUAGGCCAUCUUAUUCCAUUUAUUUUCACAAAGUGGCUGCAAGAUGUGUUCAAUGUUCCUCUGGUUAUCCAAAUGACUGAUGAUGAAAAAUACCUCUGGAAAGAGCUAACACUUGAGCAAGCAUAUGGCUAUACAGUAGAAAAUGCAAAGGAUAUCAUAGCCUGUGGUUUUGACAUAAAUAAAACUUUCAUAUUUUCUGACCUGGAAUACAUGGGGUCAAGUCCAGGUUUCUACAAGAAUGUGGUCAAAAUCCAAAAGCAUGUCACUUUUAAUCAAGUAAAAGGCAUCUUUGGCUUCACUGACAGUGAUUGCAUUGGAAAGAUUAGUUUUCCUGCUAUCCAGGCUGCUCCAUCCUUCAGCAACUCAUUUCCACAGAUUUUCAAAGACAGAACAGAUAUUCAGUGUCUUAUUCCAUGUGCCAUAGACCAGGAUCCUUAUUUUAGAAUGACAAGAGAUGUGGCUCCAAGGAUUGGCUAUCCCAAACCAGCCUUGCUUCAUUCAACCUUCUUCCCAGCUCUGCAGGGAGCCCAAACUAAAAUGAGUGCCAGUGACCCCAACUCUUCCAUCUUCCUCACUGAUACAGCCAAGCAGAUCAAGAAUAAGGUCAACAAACAUGCGUUUUCUGGAGGUAAAGAUACUAUAGAGGAACACAGACAUCUCGGAGGCAACUGUGACAUAGACGUGUCUUUCAUGUACCUCACCUUCUUUCUAGAAGAUGAUGACAAGCUCGAGCAGAUAAGACAGGAUUACACAAGUGGAGCUAUGCUCACUGGAGAAUUAAAGAAGACGCUUAUUGAAGUCCUGCAGCCCUUGAUUGCAAAUCAUCAGGCCCGGCGCAGUGAGGUUACAGAGGAAAUCGUGAAACAGUUUAUGACACCCAGGAAGCUAUCCUAUGACUUUCAGUAAUAUAUGUCAUAUAUGCAUCUGGGUUUAUAUACACAAAAUUCUGUCAAUAAAUAUCCACCUGAUUGGAUUGUUAUCCUCUAUCUAUCAACUUUUAAUUAUCAUAUAGUUGACUGAGAGUUGGAAGGGACCUCUCAUGAACUGUCUACAGCAUCCCUGACAAGUGAUGAUUUCAUCUUACCUUGUUGUCUGUAAGCCAUAUGUUACCACUGUUUUUCUUCCUGUGAAUUAGCGUGUCUCAGCUUAAUGUAGACAAAAACAAUGUGGAAAAGUCCAUAACAUGUAAUAGCAUCUAGGCAAAAUAAAGAAUUCCAGAAGUUGAUUUUCUACUACAAAAUAAAUCAAAGAUUCUGGGUCCAGUGUUUGAAGAAGGUUGAUCAUCCACUUAAAUUCUCACAGUUUAUUAAGUGAACAGACCCUCAUAUUUUAUACCUACAAUUCAUCUGGGUGUGCUUAUAUUUGGUACAAGUAAAAAAAAUAUCCAUUUCCAAUCUUCCACAGUAUUCUGAAUCUAUUCUUUUAUUUCCACUUUGGGGAAAAAAUGUAAAUUUAUGUAUAGUUAGAAUCAAAUGCCAUUCCUGCUGAGCUAAAAAGCCACUUAGGAAAUCGAUAUUGGUAUUUAGUGAAUUUACUUCUCAUACAUGCUGCUUGAGCAGAGAAGCUGCCUUCUAGUCCAAAUGAAAAGUCUUGUGAUGAGUUCAACUAGAAAAUACUCUAUCAGCUGACUCAAGAGCAGACCUUGACUCAGUUCUAGUAUUGUGGAUGAUGUUUCAAUAUGUUCUUAUGAAAUUAAGCUGUUUGUGGAUAAAUUUUCUAUUUUAUUUCCUAGAUUGCUUUCUGCUGUUCUGCCCAUAGCCCCUGUUCCAAAACUCAUGCUUUCUUUACUGUGAUUUUCCAGUAUUUCUAAACCAAAGAAUCAGAGAAAUUUCAAACUCCAGUUAUGACAAAGGAACUAUGAAAUGAUUUUGUCAUUUUUAUUUUGAUACAUAAAAUAUUGGAAAAAACCCACCUCUUGCCUUUUUAAAUCAUUGUCUUAGUGUUUGACUGGCUUAGAAAUGCAGUGGGAGAGCAAGACAAGAAGGUUUCUCUUAACUUUCUGAAUUCAGAAGGACAAUAAAAAUAGCUAGAAAAUACUAAAGUAAACCAAGUUGAUAAUAUGGACCUGAAAACUCAUCUGAAAAUUACGUUAACAUAACUUUGUAAUGAGUGAAAUCAGCCACCUGAAUCAACCUCUGUGGUUUUCUACAUCCAGGAUUCCAGAGUAGGAUAGUCACUCCUAAAUGAAUGUUUGCUUAAUCUGUCUAGAAAAAAACACCACUCCUCCUCCCAUGUUCCCCUUUGCCAACAACUUUUGGAAGGGCCUUGCUUGAUUUAAGAACACUAAAGAAGAAUCCUUAAGAAAGAGGGGCAGCUGGGUAGCUCACUGGAUUGAGAGCCAGGCCUAGAGUCCAGGUUCAAAUCUGUCCUCA